AUGACGUGAUCUUCUGUUAGGGAGAAGGAUAUUGGCCGCUCUGGUGGAAGCCAUCUCGACAAAAUGGGCAUGCAUUUGUGGAGCUCCAGUUUGGAUCCAGCUAUUACUGAUGAAAUCAAAAUGCUUGAGCUCCCCUUUGUCAUGGGUGCCCUUAUAAAACCCCUGGCAGAGAAAUUGAAUGAAGAUUCUUCAUGCGCUGAUUUUCUGGGGAAAAGCAUGUUGAUUUGGCUUUAUGCAGCAAUCUCUUGUUUGUCAUCCAGCCUCCAGCCUGAGGAAAGUACCAGUGCAAGGUAUUUAAGACUUGCUGCAAGUGGCACUGACCUGUUUCCCACUGAGCAUAACUGGAAGAAUUUAAAUAGACGAGUGAGAGAUCAGUGGAUAGUGAUGCACAAAGAUCAUUAUUGUUUCCCAUCGAACCAGCGAUUGGGCCUGCAGCAACGGGACGAGAGCGGACAUGAGCGAGUGGGCCGGCACCCGGCAGUUGGGCUUCAAUUCAAUGAGCCAGAUAGUCGGGGGAGGUAGAUGAUAAAAAUACGUGGAGAGAAAUUUUACGAUAAAUACUUAAUAAGGUUCUUAAACCAUAAAAAAACAUCUCUAACCUUCUAAAAUAUCCUAGAGCUACUCUGGAUACUACGAAUCGGAAUAAGAAAUUUAAAUUUCUUAAAUUAUAUCUCAAUGGUUCCAAAAAAUAAAUCUAGUUGUUAGAAAGUUGGCAAUAUAUAGAAAACCCUAAAACGUUGCAAUCGAUAGCUAAAUAAGUUAUAAAAAACUUUUCAUGACAAAAAUAUGAGAUGCAACUAGCAAGGACGCAACAUAUGUUGGUGUAGAAAGCAUUCAUUCUCUGCAUUCGUGCUAGUUGUUUAUUAUAUUUUGUUGUGCAAAAUUUUAAAUACAUGUUUAGAUGCCAAUUAGAAUAUGUUUAGGAUUUUUCUAAUAUUUUUCCUAUUGUG